GCAAAGAGCAAGACCUGCCACCCACCACCUCUACCGCCUUCACAUACACACAAACCAAAUAUUAACAGAAUUCUAGUGAAGUGGACGCGAAGAAACGAAUUCAAACUUCCCCGUCCCUAUCCUUGCCUUCCUCACCUCCUCCUCAUUUAUAAUACAAGGCUCUAUAGCUCUCUCUUUCACUUGUCACUCUUUGUUCUAAUCAUCAAUAAUCCGAUCCCUCUCUCUCUUUAUAUGUUCCAAAACAAAAUUAGGACAUGUAUCCUCGUAUUCAUUUUCAUUAAUUAAUCGGAUAGUGCACCGGCCAGCCUUAAGAGUGAACUAUUGGUGUGAAGAUGAUGAAGAGGGCGGAGAUCGAUACAAGGCAACCGUUCCGGUCAGUGAAGGAAGCUGUUGCACUGUUCGGUGAAAGAGUUCUCGCCGGAGAGGUUUAUGCCACCAAGCUCAAACAGUUGCAGGAUGGAGCAAGUGAAAAUGGGCAUGGCACAUCGAAAGUUGGAACUGUAACAGCUGAGCUAGAGGAGACAAAGCAGAACCUCCAAAAAGCCAAACAAGAAAGUGAGCUAAUGGAAACUUGCCUUUCUUCUCUGAAACAAGAGCUUGAUCGGACGAAGCGAGAGCUGCAGCAACUCAAGGAGAGGGAAUAUGACAAACACUUUAUAGAAUCUGAUGACAUUGAAGACGUUAAGAUUGUUGAAGACGAUCGUUCAGCCAAAAUUGAAAGCAAAAACAGCACACGAAGAAACAAUGUAGCUGACAUGGAUGAUGAAGGACUUGAAUUCCAAAAGAAGAGAUAUGUGACAUUUGCACACCCACCUUCUGUGGCUAAAGUAAUGAUUCCACAAGGUGGUGCUGAUGUUGAGAAAUUGGAAAGGCAUUCAUCAUCAAUUAAGAAGAAGAAAAAGAAGCCAUUGAUUCCUCUAAUAGCAGGUAUCUUUUCGAAGAAGAAAGGAAGCCAUCCAGUAGCCUAUGCUUGAGUGUUGCAAUUUGGCCUUUCGAAUAUAUAUCUAUGCAUACGUUUUCUUCUUGGUUCCAAUAAUAAUGCCAACUCUUUUCUCUCUCAAUGUUUUGUAUAAUUGUCCCUUUGUAUCGAUCUUAGUUUCAGUUUCAAUAUGCUAGUGAAGUUUGGCUCGGGAUAAGAUGACAUUGUAAUAGUAGUGGUAUCAAAUGUUCAUGAACA